GGCAGCGGCUACAUGGUGGUCCCGAAGCCGGAGCCCGUGGAGCUCUACGGCGGCGGCGGGGGCGCGGGCGUGGCGCUGGCGCGCAAGGCGCCGCCGCGGAACCGCGACCGCCACACCAAGGUCGAGGGCCGCGGGCGCCGGAUCCGGAUGCCCGCCGCCUGCGCCGCCAGGAUCUUCCAGCUCACCCGCGAGCUAGGGCACAAGUCCGACGGCGAGACCGUGCGCUGGCUGCUGCAGCAGUCUGAGCCCGCCAUCGUCGCCGCCACGGGGACCGGCACCGUCCCCGCCAUCGCCACCACCGUCGACGGCGUGCUGCGCAUCCCCACCGAGUCCGCCGCGUCGGCGUCCUCAUCCUCCUCCGCCGUCCUCGACGAGUCCUCCGCCAAGCGCCGACGCAAGCUCCAGCCCACGCGCGCCGCCGGUGGCGCCAUGCUCCCGCUCGCCGCCGCCGCCCCCGGCGCCGCCUACUACUCCGUCGUCGCCGACCCGCUCCUGCAGGGCGCAGCCGGCGGCGCGGUAUCCGUCGCCAGCGGCCUCGCGCCCGUCGCCGCGGCCCAGCAGGGCCUCGUCCCCGUCUUCGCCGUCCCGUCCGCCGCCGGCGCCGCCGGCAGCCACAUGAGCACCGCCGUCUGGAUGGUCCCGCAGCCGGCGGGCGCCGCCAACCAGCCCACCCAGUUCUGGGCCUUCCAGCCCGCGCCACAGCUCAUCCAGACCAUGCCGGCCGGGGCCGUGUACCCCACCGUCGCCGACUACAACCACCACCAGCAGCAGUCCGCCUCCACCGUGGUCCAGAACAGCAACUCGGACCACCAGCGCCACCACCACUUCAACAACAACAACCACAAUCUCACCGGCGGCGCCGAGUCGCGCGACGAGCAGCAACGCCAGGGCGACCACCACCCGGAGGAGGAUGAUGCCGACGACGAUGACGAGCCCGUCUCUGACUCCAGCCCUGAAGACUAACCAAGCACUCCAAUAGUCGUCAAUCCAAUGAAAAUGCUUAGCUUCUCGUCAGAUUUUUAUUUUGCCAUUAUGUAUUCUUAGUCAGUGAUGAUGAUAUUUAUCAGUGUUGCCCCCCUCUCGGACUCAGAGUGUUUUCUAGUAGAACCAUAACCAUUGUUGGUUGCACCUAAUUCUUCUUGACCUUCAAAUCAAUAAGCAUAGGCAACACGGGAGAAAAUCUGAGCUUGUAAGAUACUUGCAAAAUUUUGGUUCAUUGGCUCCUUAGCUAGAACAAAUGUUGCUAGACUGAGCUCCAGGCGAGUGUCAGCUUGAAAAUGUUGCUAGACUCUGUUAGCUGUUCUGUUUCAGGAUAAUGUUUCCAGACGAAA